UUUUAAUGCAACUUCAUAUUCUCCUCUCGUAUUUUUCUGGCCAAAAUUUUAUUCGUCAAUAUAACGUAUUUAGGAGCUUUUGGUGAUCUUGCGGCGCGUGUCACCAGUGGAAACCUGGGCUGUGUAGCAAACCUGGAGACCUGGUGCGAGAAAGUGAAGUCGCGAUCUUUGCUUGAUGGUUUGGUGGAAUUGGCUGUGGAAUUUGGUUUAGGUGUGAAAAGAAACCGUUUAUGGAGCAAGUUGGGGGACAGAGAGGAGUGGCUGAAUGAGGAAUGGGUUCCAGCUGUGAGAGGUGCGAUGACGCCAUCAAGACUACGGUUCUGUAUCGCGAUGUUAGAUUACUGUAUCAUUUGGGAGGCUUCCACCUUGUUCUUGAAAUGUAUGGUAUGUCGUCAUGGUGCUGGGGUGAUGGCAGUUUGUGACCAUUGCCAUAAAGGCUUCCACAUCGUAUGUCUUAGACCUGCCUUACAUGACGUACCAGACGGAGAAUGGUAUUGUCCCGCUUGUAAACGAGAUAACGAACGCAGUACUCGCCCUGCUUCCUGUGAACAAACGGGUGAGAUUGUUGAAGAUGAAGGUGAAGAGAAAAAUGACGAUUAUUGUGAUGUUUGUGGUGGGGAAGGUGAAAUGAUUUGUUGUGAUAACUGUCCUAAAGUGUACCACAAAGAAUGCCACGAUCCACCGUUAAGAAAUAUCCCAAGAGGUGCUUGGAAAUGCUGUAGUUGUCAAGGUCGGCAUCCAACGGCGAGGAAACAAGACCUUGUCAUGGAAUCUUUCGAAUAUUCUGAAUUUGAAACGUCCCAGGAUGAUUCCGCUGAUGAUAGCUCGUAUUCUGUGACUUUGUCCGAGUCUGAGUCAGAAGUCGAGGAAGUUGUUUUGAAUAGGUCGGAACGCGCCAAGAAACGAGAUCUCAUCAGAGAAGGAAAAGCCGAGCCCAAAAGGUCCAAGAUCAAGAGAAAGAAUAGAAGGGGAAAAACUUCUGCAAAAGACCGAGAUGAGAAACGUUCAAAAAGGAAAUGUCGCGGAAAGAUCAGGGAUUUCUUAAUCGACGAUUCACGGGAAGGGGAAGGCAAGGAAAGUUUUCCAGGAAAAAAGCAACAAAGGUCCGGGAAUUGUGAUCCGGAUUCUGACGACAAUAAUCAGAGUUCUGGAGAAACGUUGAGGUGCUCAAGCAGAAAACGAAAGUGCAGUUCGUCAGAGGAGGAUUGCACUGUUGCUAAGAGACGACCAAGACAAAAUCCUGAGUUAAAAAUGUGCGAGAACUUGUUAAGAGAUCUGAUGCGGCAUGAAGACAGCUGGCCAUUUAUCGAACCUGUUGACAUUUCUGAGGUUCCAGAUUACGCCGAGAUUAUUUCCAAUCCGAUGGAUUUCGGAACAAUAAAAAGAAAGUUAAUGGCAGUUGAAUAUAAGACUUACCAAGAUUGCCUCAGUGACAUCAAACUCGUAUUUUCCAAUAGCGAUCAAUAUAAUUUAGAAAUAUCAGACCAUGGACUUGCUGGGAUUUCUCUGGAAGCUUACUUCAAAGAAAUUCUUCCAAACUACUUUCCGAAAUAUGAUCUGCAGGGUGCUCGUGUACCGAAAAAAUCCUCGAGACUAAGACCAAGGAAGCGUGGAUACUGAUAUUAUCUACUCUGAAUCUUUACUGGAUUUUCACCAAAAUUAGACAGUUGGUUUUGUUGAGAGCAGUUAAUUUAUUAAAUAUUGAAAUUUAUGGACGUUUCGAAAUAGAACGCCACACAAGCCUGUAAACACUCUUUUUUUCACAAGAACUCGAGUGCUUUUGCAGCUAAUAUAAGACAGGUUUCACUUAAAACAUUAGACAAAAUGUUCUGUACAGAAUGGCCUGAUAAAGCUAUGUUGUUAUAGGUAGAACACCGUUACGGUAAUGGGAAAUAUAUUGUC